AUGAGCCAAUCUCCCUUUGAUGCGAGUCAAACUCCGUCGGGCCACUCAGCUGACCCUCAUUCGACAUCUCAGCCGCCUUCCUCAGGCCCUUCUUUCGCCCAACCUCCAGGCGCUCCUUAUGGAUAUCCUCCCCCUGGCGUCCCUGGAGCACCGUUCCCUUACGGAUACUACCCUCCUUAUGGAGGACCGCCUUAUCCAAAUGUUCCCCCUUAUCCCCAACCGGGACUCGCUGCAACUCAGCCAGGUUUUCCCGGAAGCCCAUCUCCAAGCGCUCCGCACCCAGGAGCUCCUCCACCAGGAGCGUAUCCAGGUGGCGCUCCUCAGCCAUACGGCGGACAUCCAUCCAAUGUUUUCUAUCCUCCACAGCCAGCCUCUUUUCCUCAGCCCGGCGCGUAUAGUCCUGUGACGUACCUAGGUGUUGCUAUCCCACAAUACCAAGUGUGGUUUACGCAGCCUCCCCCAGUACAAGGAUACCAGGCGGAAGUCCAAAAAAUGCGCAAAGCCACAAAGGGGUUCGGGACUGAUGAUAAAGCUGUUAUCAGCGUCUUGAUUUCUCUUGAUGCAAUUCAAAUGGACGAAUUUGCACGAGCAUACCAGUCCACAAUGGGCGAUAAUUUGGUGGAGUUACUCAAGAAGGAAACGAGUGGGAAAUUUGAAUUCGCAUUGGUUGGGCUCGCCGAGGGUCCUCUCAAGUGGGACGUUAUUCUACUUGAAAUGGCCCUUCAUGGAUUGGGAACCAACGAAACCCUGCUUAAUGAGCUCGUCUUAGACCGUACAAAUGCUGAGCUGCAUAUCCUCAAGGCAGCGUACGAACGCAAAACCGGUAAGAAGCUUGAGCAGGCUGUGGCGGACGACCUCUCGCUUGAUACCAGGAAACUGUUCUCCAUUGUCCUUGUUGGAAAUCGUGACGAAACCGACUUCCCGAACCCACACGAUCCCAACCAUCUGUAUAGGCCGGAUGAGAAUCGCAUCAAGCAGGAUGUAGCAGCCAUCCAAAGGUUUUAUAGAGGCGAUGGUGACUCGAUUCCAGUUUGCAACAUCAUCCUGAACUCAAGUAGGACUCAUCUCGCCGCCGUUGACGCUGGUGUGCUUCAUGCCACCCAGCGCACACUCCAUCACAUUAUUCUAGACAAGUUUUCGGGACACACGGAACGAGCCUUGCUAUACGUCCUCGCCGGAUGUACCAUCACGGCGGGCUCCGGAGCGCAUGGGUAUCUACACGGAAUCGAGAGAGACGCAGAACUGAUCUCUGAGGCUAUGAGAGGGAUUGGUACCAAGGAUGAACAGCUUACCUGGAGAAUUGUCAGGAACCAUUGGAAUAAGGCUCGCUUCGAGGCCAUUAAGACUGCCUUCAUCCGCAAGGACGACAAGACUCUUGCUGCUAGGGUGAAAUCUGAAACUAGUGGAUCUUACCGCGACUUGUUACUUGCGAUAAUAAGUAAAUGA